AUUCGGUACAUUUAAAAUGGUAAGAUGUCUAUUUGUCAGCUUGUUAGUCAAGAUGAAACGCACAAACCCAUUCUGCUGCCUCACCUUGAGUCAGUUAUCCUGGGUCGUGGGCCACAAACCACAAUUAAAGACAAAAAAUGCUCCAGGGAACAAGUUGAAUUGAAAGCAGACUGCAGCAAAGGUUUUGUGAAAGUUAAACAGCUGGGUGCAAACCCCACCUCUGUAGACUCUGUGGUUGUGGGUCAUGGGAAAGAGGUCAAACUGAUGCCAGGCCAGUUACUCCACAUUGUCAAUGACUUGUACCCAUACACUGUACAGUUCAAGGAAGAUCCUGGUAGUUGUAAAAGACCAUUAGAUGUUUCCUCAAAGGAUGAAGAAGGCUGUUCUGAGACUCCCAGUCUAAAAGCGGCCAAAAAACACGAACACCUGCCUGAGUCUGUCAGAGCUGAAGAGUCAAGGGAGAUCAAUCAAAAUGUUGGACAUUGGAGCCAUGGGCUGAAGGCUUCGAUGCAAGACCCUAAUAUGCAGGUGUUUAAGGAUGAUAAAGUAGUUGUAAUCAAGGACAAAUACCCCAAAGCACGUUACCAUUGGCUGGUCCUCCCAUGGAUAUCCAUCCACAGCCUGAAGGCCCUGCGGGAUGAGCACUGCAGCCUGCUCAAGCACAUGCAGAAAGUAGCUGACCAUAUGGUUCAACAGUGCCCUCAUGCAAGUUCCUUGGACUUUCGCAGUGGCUACCACGCCAUCCCAAGUAUGAGUCAUGUGCACCUCCACGUGAUCAGCCAAGACUUUGAUUCUCCUUACCUUAAGAACAAAAAGCACUGGAACUCAUUCACAACAGACUAUUUCAUCGAGUCUCAAGAUGUCAUCCAUAUGCUUGAAACGGAUGGAAAGGUCACAGUCAAAGAAGGCACCAGUGAGUUGUUGAAGCUGCCUCUGCGUUGCCACUUGUGCCGCAAAGAACUUCCCACAAUACCAGCUCUGAAACAGCACCUCAAGUCCCAUUUCUUGGCUGAGAGUAGAACCUCAAAUGCAUCAUAGUACCUCAGAUGUUUAUAGCUUCUUUGUGAGACAUCUGUGAUUGGCCCGUGAGCAAUCCCCCAUCCUUUUAGCCAACGUUGGAUGGUAUUAUAGACACCAUCUCACCAGCGAUUUGUGAGGAUAAGUGGUCUAGAACAGGGGUCCCCAACCUUUUUUGCCCCACGGACCGGUUUAUGCCAGACAAUAUUUUCAGGGACCGGCAUUUAAGAUGUGGCGGCUUAAUACAACAAAAUAAUAUGGUAUGAGCUACAUGAAAACUGUGGUUUUCAUUCAAAAUCUUUUUGUUUUGUACUUUCAAUGUAGAUUAAAUAUUAAAUAUGUACAAUUUCUGUUCUACUUUGUAAAUGCUUGACUCAAUAAUUUUAAUGUUUAUAUGUGUGUUUUGAAAAGUGAUCAUUAUGUAAUAACAUUAGUCCAUUAGAGUCUUAUAAACAGUGGUCUACACACAUCAACGUUU